UUAAUAAAAUUUUUAAUAUUUAAUUAGAAAGUACAAUAAUCGCUAUGUAUUCUCUUAAUUACCAUCUAACCUUAAUGCUAACACUGUGAAAACGAAGAGACAAUUUUCUAGUGUAACUAAAUGGUCAACAAAAAAAAGCUAAAUUAAUACAACAAUAUAUAAGAUUUUGUAAAUAUUUGUGGGUUCUAAAGGAAUGGGAUCAUUAACCAGCCGACAGAAUGCAGGCGUCGAAGAAGUUGAUAUUGUCUCAAAUCACGCAUACAAGUAUCCCCCUCGAUCUGGAGGAUAUUUUGGCAGUCAUUUUAUUAUGGGUGGAGAGAGAUUCGAUACUCCUCAGCCAGAAGCUUAUCUUUUUGGAGAGAAUACAGACUUAAAUUUCUUAGGGAGUCGCCCAACUCCGUUUCCAUAUCCACCACCUCAAGCAAAUGACCCAACUAAAACACUUAAAAGCCUAGUAAAUAUCAGAAAAGAGUCUCUACGUUUAGUUCGAAAUGUUGAAAAAUCUCCAUCGACGCAACAAGUGAGUAUGAAACAGUUUGGCGAUGGAGAUUCUGACAAGAAACCCAUGAAUUUUAAUAUUGAAUUUACAUUUGACUGCGACGUUAGAUGUGCUAUUACUAUAUAUUAUUUUUGUACAGAAGAGGUGACAUCGAAAGGAGUAACAUAUACACCGAGAGAACCAUCAAUGAAUUCAGAAACGUAUUACUAUAAAAAAGGAGCUAAUCAAUUGUUCAGCCAAACGUCGCAUAUUUUUGAUCCAACUCCAUACAGCGAAGCGGAAUUAUCUUAUAAUACCGAUCGUGAGAUUAUUCCCAUUGCUAUUCAUUGUGUAGCGGAAGAAGGUUCGGAUGAACCCAAACAAUCUCACACAACCAUAGCUAUACUUGAAAAACAUUCUGACGGAUCUUACGUAUUAAAAGCGCUUAAACAAAAAUUAUACGUCGAUGGGCUAUGUUAUUUACUCCAAGAAAUAUAUGGCAUUGAAAAUAAAAAUACAGAGAACUCCAAGCAAGGUAGUGACGAAGACACAGAGGAUAAUGGAGCAGAGUGUGUUAUCUGUAUGUGCGAUGUACGAGACACAUUAAUAUUACCCUGCAGGCAUUUGUGUCUAUGCAACGGUUGUGCCGAUUCAUUGAGAUAUCAGGCUAAUAAUUGUCCAAUUUGUCGAGCUCCGUUUAGAGCUUUACUUCAAAUUAAAGCUUUGCAAAAAACAAUUGGCUCUAUGAUAACUAAUCCACCUUUGCCAGAGGGUAGUUGUGAAAAUAUACCAGCAGGGUACGAAGCUGUCUCUUUGAUCGAGGCCUUAAAUGGUCCAUAUACCCCAAGGGCAACUGUACUUCCUCCAGAAUCUCCUGAUACGCCUGAUACAGAUACCACAAGCGCCACACAAGCUGCUGAAGUGCUUAAUAGAUCUACAGAACGUACACCAAUUUCAAAACAAUCUUUACAAAAAGACUGUAACUCACUACCGAGAACCAGCACUACACCAUGCCCGACUCCUGAAUUUCGAAUGUCUGUCCUGCUCGCUAAAGGAGAGAAUUCAAACUCUCAGAAAGAUCUUCAUAAUCGUUCCCCGUCAACAAGACUUAAAUCAUCUAAUUAUUCUCGAGAAAAAUCAAAUCUUAGAGCACGAGACGCUAUAAGACUUGCUAAUGAUAAACAACCCGUAUUACUGUACGAGGGUCAGAAUCAAGAUGAAGACAGCGAAGCUGAAAAAUUAUCGCCUCUUUUAGAUGCUAAAAACAGCGCUGAAGCUUUAGAUUCUCCAACUCAUAGAAUAUGUGAUAUAGAUAUGGACGAUGAAUUAGCAAAUGGUGAAAGUACUAAUCAAGUCAACAUGACAUGUCAUUCUCAUUAGAUUUAGUGUACAUAAAUUCGAGCUGGAAGAUCUUUUUUAUUGAAAUUUUUAUUGUAAAUGACUUUUUGUAUUUGUAUUACUGUUGAUGUUAGAUAAAUAAUCAGCCAUGUAUUAUAAAUUGAAUGUAGAUAUCAAAUAUAAUGAUCGUUUAGGGUGAAUUUUUAA